GUUGGUAACCGUGGAGGCGCUGCGUGCACCGCGUGGGGCUCGCUCGCCGUCGUCGUCGUCGUCGUCGUCGCCGUUGGACUGCUCCCGGCCGCCUUAUCAAUACGGGCGAUCCGGCAACAGCGCCUCGUUCCGCGCUGCGGUGUGUUCCUAUAUUCAGCGUAACUUGCGACCGAAAUGACCUCACACACAAUUAAUGAAUUAAUUCUGACAGUUGCUUUAGUUCGUAGCAGGACUGUUUAGUGGUGUAAGCGCGGGUGCAAGUGGUGUUUAGUGCCAGGUUAACAUGGACAAUACCGAAACCACGUAGGACCAUGGCCGAGCAGCAGAGAGAAGCGCCUGAGCGGGAGCUAGAGCAGCAGAUCCUGCAGAUAAAGAAACAGCACCAACUCCAGCACCAGAUCCUGAUCCAGCACUUUCAGCAACAGCAGCAGCACCUCGCCGAGCAGCACGAGCAGCAGCUCCGGCAACACCUCAAGGAGUUCUGGGAGAGACAGAAGCAGCUGCAGGAGAUCCGCAACAGGGAGCAGCUCGAGGCGCUCAGGAAGAAGGAGAAGCAUGAGGAGAGCGCCGUGGCCUCGACGGAGGUCAAGCAGAAGCUGCAGGUCUUCCUGCGACAGCGGGCGUCGGGAUGCAAGACGUCGCGCCCCGACAAUUCGUGCUGGCCGGAGGGCAUGGACACCGGAUCCGAAUCUGCAACAACAAACAACGACUUCCCCCUGCGGAAGACAGCAUCCGAGCCUAAUCUCCUCAAGGUGCGCUUGAAACAGCGCGUGAUGGAACGUAGAUGUAGCCCAAUGAGUAAAAGACUUCCCCCAUCGCUCAAAAAGAAACUCCUAAGCUCCUGCUUGCCACCCAGCGACUCGCCCCCACAGGAGCCCCCCAAGGAGCUGAGUCCCCCCUGCGAAUCCGAGGAGUACCAGCGGCACAUGCUCUUCAGCAGCCCGUCGAUGCCCAACAUUUCCCUAGCCGCUCACCACGUCCUUUCGCCGGACCUCUCCGAGGCCGCCGUCAGGGCGGCCUGCACCGCCAGGCUGGGCAUGCCGCUAACGGGCCAGAUGCUGCCCGGUACCCUGCCGUUUUACCCCUCGCUGCCUGCCAUUGAGAGCGAGCACGAGGAGACGCCCUUGGACACCAUCAGCGAGCUGCAGGAGCCCCAAACGAGGGGAGUCAUCAGGCCGUUAGGGAGGACGCAAUCUUCACCGCUACCUCUGGGACACCCCCUGCUGGGGGGUCCGCCCCCGCCAGACCACCAGCCCCCGCAGCCGCCGCCCGAGGAGCAGGAGCAGAGAGAUUUGGAACUGAGGGCCAAUGAGUCGAGGAGCAUAAGGCCGCUGUCGAGAGCGCUAAGUUCGCCGGUAGUCCAUCUGGGCGCCCCCGAUGGCCCUACACUUUCCCGGCGAAGAGCCUCGUCCACGCCCACAACAGGACUGGCCUACGACAGUCAAAUGCUCAAACAUGCCUGCAUUUGCGGCAACAACGCUGUCCAUCCCGAACACGCCGGCCGCCUCCAAAGCAUUUGGUCUAGGCUCUUGGAAACGGGUCUGGUUUCAAGAUGUGACAGAUUGCGACCCAGGAAAGCAUCGACGCAGGAGCUCCAGACCUGCCACUCGGAAGCUCACACAUUGUUAUACGGUACAAGUUCUCUGAAUAGGCAUAAGAUGGACAUGAGCAAGUUGGGCUCCUUGCCCGUUACCGCCUUUGUAAGACUUCAUUGCGGAGGUAUAGGGGUGGACACCGACACCACCUGGAACGAGGUAAACACAGCCCCGGCUGCUAGGAUGGCUGUGGGUUGUACGGUGGAUCUGGCAGUGCGUACGUGGACUGGUGACAUCAGGAACGGUUUCGCCAUAGUGAGACCGCCGGGGCACCAUGCCGAGCCGCAGCGAGCCAUGGGUUUCUGCUUCUUCAAUUCAGUAGCCAUAGCUGCGAGAAUCCUCCAAAAGGAGCAUCGUGUCCACAAAAUUCUAAUAUUCGAUUGGGAUGUUCACCACGGUAACAGUACUCAGGAAAUCUUCUAUGACGAUCCUCGCGUCCUCGUCAUUUCGAUGCAUCGCCACGAUGACGGGAAUUUUUUUCCCGGCACUGGAAACACUAACGAGUGUGGCGCAGGCGCCGGCCUUGGCUACAACGUGAAUAUUGCGUGGUCGGGGGGCCUCAACCCCCCGUUAGGAGACGCGGAAUAUUUAGCGGCUUUCAGGAGCGUCGUCCUGCCCAUAGCAAAGGAGUUCGGGCCUGAUAUAGUAUUAGUGUCCGCGGGAUUCGACGCGACGGAGGGACAUUUGCCUCCUUUGGGAGGAUACAGAGUGUCGCCUGCUUGUUUUGGUAACAUGACCAGGCAACUCAUGCAGUUAGCCAGAGGCAGGGUGGUACUAGCCCUGGAGGGCGGUUACGAUCUGCCCUCGAUUUGCGAUUCAGCAGAAGAAUGCGUGAGGGUUCUUUUAGGCGACCAGCCGUCGCCGAUUUCGCCUAUAGAGUUGUCCCGCGCCCCCUGCGCCAACGCCGUUCUGGCCUUGCAGAAGGUCAUCGCCGUUCAAACCGCCCACUGGCCCUGCCUGCAGGAAGCCACAAAAUCCGCGAUUUGUUCUUUUAACGACGCCGUGAGAAAUGAGAAAGAUGACAAGGACACGGUCUCCGCCAUGGCUAGCUUAUCAAUGCAACACGCCACUCCCAACAUGGUGUCUCCGCCACCCGGUUUUCAUCCCAACAGUCCGCAGGACGCAGGUCGUCCGCCCGCAUGAAAAUAGGGCGAAAGCUCCCUCAUCCUAUUUAACAUUCCGGCUGUCACUGCGAAGUGACUGCCUCAUAAAAUAAGAUCAAAUUAUCGUGUGUUUUAUUUUUGUUAAUAUAUUGAAAGUUUUUAAUAAAAAAAAACAUUUAUUUACUUUAA